AGCCUCCCAUACUUCUUGCGCAGACGGCAAAACAGAUUUCUUCCGUAGAAGCACACUUUUUUCACUGUCACUGUUGAUUAGUCAAGCCUGAUGGAGUCUUCCUAUGUGGUACCGAAAACAACUGGUACGGUAGUUGCUGUGCUGAGCGUGCUUGUGUUGGCCGGGGUACCAAGAAUAGGUUCGCAAUGUGUAGAAACAAGAGUUGCUGAAGUUCAUGAUACAGGGUUUUUUGGCUGUUCCACGCCUAUCAUGAGACACGUUCCUCGGUGGAAGAUCAACGAGCAGAUGUACCUAGUCUCACAUCUUCCACCAGAAAUCACUCACAACGGAUGGCAUAACAUUUCAAUUAGUACAGCGGGCUGUGAAAUGAAAGUUACGUGCUUUUUUAGGCUAUCUUUCGAAUCAAGAUUUUCAACAUUUAUAGUAACACUGUCGAGCCUGUUAGUGCAACAUCUUGUGAUGAUCUGCCCUUUUGUAACGAAGAAAAUUUAAUAUUUGAAUAUCAUGGAGAAUUCUUCACGGUUUAUAUGGGUAGCCAGUCAUAUGGUGAAAACUGCACAGUAUCAGUUACCAUUUCAGAUUGGCAAAGUAAUCAAACUGUUUGUAAGUAUCCAGUCUAAAAGAGAAUAACACAAUGAUUGAGUUAGACUCUAUGAAUAUGUUGUAUGGAAAAAAUGUUGCAGUUACAUUUGAUAAUGAUUGUGAUCACUGUGAAGAAAACCAUUUUUACUUACCUGAUAUAAAGCUAACAGUCAAGUUUGUUUCAAGUAAUAUGUCAGGAACUAUAAUAGAAGAUCUCUCUAAUGACUAUUGUGACUUCAACAGUCUCAUCAUCAACUACAGAAUAUGCAUAAACUCAGGAGGGACAAAUCAAUGCUUUGAGAAUCCAUGUGGAAAUGGUGAAAUCUAUACAUCACGUUGUGGCAGUGAUCCUCCGCAAAGAGUUGUCAGUCUUGAAACUAAUGGUGUUGAAAAUGGAGCAAUCAUUUCCAUCUUCUGCUUUGGGAUUGAUUGCAAAGGAAACCCCACUAAUGUGAUGGUCUUUAACAUCAAAAUUGCAAUCUGUGAAGAGGGCAGUAUGUGUAUAGAAGAGAAUCAAACAGGAAAUACCACGAAUAUGGCCGGUACGUCUAGUCACCUCCUCAACCUCCUCAUGAGACACCUACGGCGAUGUCUUCCCCUGGAACUACACAAAGCCCCGGUGAUUUAGCUGCUGCUGUUUUUGCAACAUUGUGGGCAUCACACAGAUAACACGUUACCCCCCAAAAAAGAGUGUGGAAGUCUUAAAAUAAAAAUACUCCCACUGUUCCUGUUAUUUUAUCCUGACAUUAUCCAUUGCGUCAAUGAUUGUCCCUCAGUCCUCCACCAACAGGUUGCGAUUGCCUGAAAUUGAAGGCAUGUCCACAGACCAUCAUACCGAGAAGUUGUGUGGCUA